AUGAAAGUUCCGGGACAGCCGUCAGCCAGCCCGCCGGGCCCCUCGGGCCAGCCACACGCGCCCGGCGGCCCGGAGCUGAUGGAUUUGACGGUCUACGGGGACCACCUGAACUUCUACCAGCCGGGGCUGCCCCAGCACCCUCACGGGCCGUCGAGGGUUCCCUCGGCGGCCUCCGCCGCCUUCGGGCUGUCUGAGUACGGCGGGGCGGGGGCCAACCCCUACCUGUGGCUCAAUGGGCCGGGCCUCGGGCAGCCCUCCUACCUGCCGGGCUUCGGCGGCCCCGGCCAGCGCCCCUUCCUUCCCGCUUCGCCCGGCCUCGGGCCGCCGGCCGCGGCGGCGGAGCUCUCCUGGUUGUCGCUGUCCAACCAGCAGGAGCUGCUGAAGAUAAUGCGGCCGCCCUACUCGUACUCGGCGCUCAUCGCCAUGGCCAUCGAGAACGCGCCUGGCAAGAAGCUGACCUUGAGCCAGAUCUACCAGUACGUGGAGGGCACCUUCCCCUUCUACAAGAAGAGCAAGGCCGGCUGGCAGAACUCCAUUCGCCACAACCUGUCCCUCAACGACUGCUUCAAGAAGGUGCCCCGCGACGACGACGACCCUGGGAAAGGAAAUUACUGGACCUUGGACCCAAAUUGUGAGAAAAUGUUUGAUCACGGAAACUUCCGCAGAAAGAGGAAAAGACGAGGAGACUCCAAUGGGACGGGGACACCGGGAGCCGUCUCUAAGUCUGAAGACGGUAGCUCCGGGACCCUCAAAAACCCAGUGGAGAACCCCAGCCUCACAGACUCCACCUCCCCAGAACUGCUCAGCUCAGCCAGCACCGGGACUGAAUCCAAGCCCUCCUUACUAGCUAGGGAGGCCAGCCCGUGUUUCUCCAGCUUCACUUCCACCAUGGGAGCCCUGGCUAAUGGCAGUGGCGUCUUCCCCAGGCACCUCCCAGAAGCAGGAGGUAGACCAGUGGGGGACUUGGCUCUGGCAAGGCAAGCGAACUCUGGCCUCAGCUCCUACCCAACUUGCUCCAACAUGGUCCACGGCGCGGAACUUGGCCCCCAGACUCAGGCCCCACCCGUGAAUGGUCACACCGCCAGCUUCCACAACUACCCCGUCAACAACUUGAUCUACAGAGGAGAAGGGACUGAGAUUUAG